UGAAAACAAAACAAACAAAAGAGAUAACAGCUACCGAUAAAAGAAGGAUCAACCGCGACAGAUAUCGCUUUCUCUCCGAACAAAACCAUUAUGGCUGCCUUCAGCGGCGACGAAACCGCUCCUUUCUUUGGCUUCCUCGGAGCCGCCGCCGCCCUUGUUUUUUCCUGCAUGGGUGCGGCGUACGGCACCGCGAAGAGCGGCGUGGGGGUGGCGUCGAUGGGAGUGAUGAGACCGGAGUUGGUAAUGAAAUCGAUCGUGCCUGUCGUGAUGGCUGGUGUGUUGGGGAUCUACGGUUUGAUUAUUGCGGUUAUCAUAAGUACGGGCAUUAACCCUAAGGCCAAAUCCUAUUACCUCUUCGACGGUUACGCGCACCUCUCUUCGGGUCUCGCUUGUGGCCUCGCUGGCCUCUCCGCCGGCAUGGCCAUCGGCAUCGUCGGCGACGCCGGUGUCAGGGCAAAUGCUCAGCAGCCAAAACUUUUUGUUGGAAUGAUUCUCAUCCUUAUUUUUGCUGAGGCUUUGGCGUUAUACGGUCUCAUUGUUGGCAUCAUCCUCUCUUCCCGUGCUGGCCAAUCCAGGGCUGAUUGAUAUAAAACUUCAUGUCGGAUGGGGUACACAACCACAGAUUGUGAAUGUUACAGUGGAGUCCGGCUGGGUAAUGUUUGUACACUAACUGCUGCUUUGGCUUGCUCAUGUGAGUCUAUUUAUGUUUGCAUCAAAAAACUAAGGCUAUCCAGUAAUAAUGUCAGUCAAACUUUUCCUAGGCCGAAAUUUUUUAAUUAUAUGCUCAAUCCAAACUAGAAUAGAGAUCUCCAUAAUAAGACAGAUGUAUGUUUUGAUUCCAUUUACUUUCAGUGUUUUUCUACUCAAAA